UGCAACUAUGAAGACAUUCAAGAGAAAUAAUAAUGUUCUGCGUCACGUUGUACUCUUAUCUUGUUACUUCUUUUUUGCAGGAUUUCAAGUGUAUGCCAUAGGCUAUGACUACUAUUUCACUUCAAAGUGUUUGGAAAGACCUCUAAAUCCACAAUAUAGUGGAGGAAUUGCUAUAAAUCCAGAACUCAACAAUGGAUUAAAUGGAUGGACAAAAUUUGGAAGUGCAAGAAUUGAGACAAGAACAUCAAAAGAAGGCAAUGUCUUCAUUGUUGCUUCUCAUAGAACACAACCAUCUGAUAGCUUUUCUCAAAGAUUUUAUGUUGAGAAAGACAAAAUGUACACUAUUUCAGCAUGGUACAAUUCCAGGUUCAAGUUAACUGUUUUCGAGAACGAAAUGAAGUGGUGGUUUACUGAGCCAAUUCAGGGCAAAGAAGACUACCAUUUGGCUGAUGCUAUGCUUCAAUAUGUCAAGAAUUAUAGCAUGUUAGUCCGCGGACACAACAUAGUUUGGGAAAAUAAAGAUCAAUUGCCUUCUUGGGCGAAAACGUUGUCACCUCCCCUUUUAUCAGCAGCAGUUGAAAGGAGAUUUUACUCGUUAGUACCAAGAUAUCAAGGCCAAAUGAUGCAUUGGGAUGUUGACAAUGAAAACAUACAUUUUUCAUAUUUAGAAAGCCAGCUAGGCGAAAACGCCUCGGCUUAUUUUUACAAGAAGGCUCAUGAUAUGGAUAGCAAUACUAUUCUGUUCUUGAAUUAGUAUAGUACUAUUGAAAAUCCUGAUGAUAUGGUUGCAAAUCCAGCUAAUUACUUGGCCAAGAUUCAAGAAAUUAGAUCAAUGGGGUAUAAUGGACCUCUUGGAAUUGGACUUCAAGGUCAUUUUGAUACUCCAAAUAUACCUUAUAUUAGAAGUGCACUUGAUAUUCUUGCAACUGCAGAUUUGCCUAUAUGGAUUACAGAAUUAGAUGUUUCAAGCAGACCCCUUCAGGCAGAGUAUUUGAAUGACAUAAUGUGGGAACUUCAUGCACAUCCAGGAGUAAAUGGAAUAAUGAUUUGGUCACCAUGGCAACCACAAGGAUGUUAUAAAAUGUGUUUAACUGAUAAUGAUUUCAAGAAUUUGCCUACUGGGGAUGUUGUGGAUAAUUUUAUGAGACAAUUAAGUCAUCAGGGCUUAAUUGGGACUACUAAUGAUAAUGGUUACUUUGAGACUUCAUUAUAUCAUGGAGAUUAUGAAGUGAUAAUCAAACAUCCAACUGCAAGAGAUCAGUCCUUUACUCAAAGAUUUAAUGUAGCCAAAAGCCAGAAAAGUAGUACCCUAGUGAAAUUAUCUGCUUAGGAAAUCAGUCCCUGUCUUAAUUCUGUUUGAUUAAUAAAAAUUCCCUUCAUUAUUGUCC